GUGUCAUCUGUGGUGUCGUUUCGUUCGUUGAAUUAUGUUUUGGAUGGGUUGGGUCGGUGUUUUUGCUGGAUAGCUCGUUAUAUUUUGAGUGUAUUUUAAAAAGUUAUCUACAGAACUCAUAACAUUUUUUAAAUCUAUUAAUAUAGAAUUGUAAAAAUGAUUGCAAAAGUCUGUAUAUUAUUAACGAUAUAUGUAUUACCCACUGUGUUAAGCGUUAGGUGUUAUCAAUGCGCAUCAUCACAAGACAACAAGGGCGAAGACACAUGCGGCGCUUACAAGAAAUUCGACAGAGACAGCCAUGUAGCAGUGGAGUGUAACAGUGAUGAAUCUCAUAUGCCUGGAUCAUUUUGUAUGAAAUUAACACAACAAGGACCUAAAGGCUUUAUAUGGGAUGGUAGGUGGCGACAAGUAAUUAGAAGAUGUGCGUCUGUUGCCGAUACGGGUGUGACUGGAGUAUGCAACUGGGGUGUUUAUCCUAACGGAGUGUACUGGGAGGAAUGCUACUGUUCCUCUGAUGAAUGUAACAAUUCAUCAUAUUUAAAGGAAUCACUAACUCUCAUAUUUAGUACUAUUAUGAUUGUAUUUUACUUGCAGAAAUUAUUAUAAAAGCAAUAUUAGUAUCAACUUAUUUUUGUAUUAGAUUCUUCAUAAGAUUAAGUGACAUGAAUAUGACAAUAUAAGUGCCUUUGACACAAGCAUAUUUUGAUUUUUCUUGAAUAUUUUAUAGUUAAAAAAAAACAUAUUUUUGUUCUUAUGAUGUAGUGACUGAAUUUGAAUCUCAAAUAAGUGUAAAAUUAUUCUAGUAUAAAAUAAAUUAGGAUUUCCACUAACUGUCAAGGAAAGGAAGUUUCUGUUUAGGAGUAUUUAUGUUGUUAACCAUUAUUUUUGUAAUUGUAAUUAAUAAUAGUCUGCAAUGUUUGUAGAACUCUAUGCUUUCUAACAUGUU